UUGUAGAAGCCAUGGAAAACUUGUAACACAACCAAAUAAUACCCGAGUUGAAAUAAAUCCGUGUACGUGUGAACAUUUGAGUUUAUUUUUAUGUUAGUGGACCUCCUACCAUUAACGUAGGGGUCGCAAAUCAGUGUCGUGUCUCUUCUCCGAUCCAUGUUUGUGUAGAGCAGUAAAUUUACCAGGGUUGGUAACUAGUACAUUGUAUGUGGGCUACAGCACCUUUGAACAUUGUUUGAUCUAUUCCAACUGAUAUACUAAUUCUCAUUUUGUCAUUUCAUAAGCUCUUUAUACGAUGUUAUUGAAUGUAGUAUGGCCCUUGAUUUAACUAAUCUAAUAUUGAUUUGGAUUUUAAUAUUUCAAGUGGAUUUUGCUUCGUCUAUUCAAGAGAUUAAACGAUGCAAGCCAAUGAAAGCACCACUGCCAUGGAGAUUGAAAAACCUACAUCUCAACCAAAGCCUGUAAAUUUUCCAUCAAAGCCAAAUUUUGAGCCUUUGAAAGCUCACGAGAUAUCUGAAGGUCGAGUUCAGUUUCGGAAGGUUUCUGUUCCGCCUCAUCGGUACACGCCCCUCAAGAAAGCAUGGAUGGAAAUCUACAAUCCAAUAUAUGAUCAAAUGAAGAUUGAUAUCCGUAUGAAUCUCAAAGCUCGCAAAGUUGAAUUGAAGACCAGACCAGACACGCCCGAUAUCAGUAACCUACAAAAGAGUGCAGAUUUUGUCCACGCAUUCAUGCUAGGGUUUGAUGUGAUAGAUGCUAUCGCGCUCCUGCGUAUGGACGAGCUUUAUGUUGAAUCCUUUGAGAUCAAGGAUGUGAAAACCCUUCGAGGUGAGCACCUGUCUCGUGCGAUCGGUAGGUUGUCUGGUAAAGGAGGGAAGACAAAGUUUGCCAUUGAGAACUCGACAAAGACGCGGAUUGUGAUUGCAGACACCAAGAUUCAUAUAUUAGGUUCUUUUGCCAACAUUAAAAUUGCAAGGGAUUCGCUCUGUAGUCUCAUUUUAGGGUCCCCCGCUGGGAAGGUAUAUUCAAAACUUAGAGCAGUCACUGCCAGAUUGGCAGAAAGGUUUUGAUCGUCAUAUUUACCAUUGUUUUGGGCUCUGUCCCCUAGUUAUAAAAUUUCGAAAUGUGGUGUAGAUUUAAGAAGUUUGUCGAAUGUGUGAGUCCUUGAGCAGAACUUGAUUUGAUUUUUGCUGCCUAUAUCCAAAUAUGGCUCUGUUUGCAAUUUUAGGUUUGGGCAUCAUUGUAUUGUCGUGGAUUUUUUGAUGUAAACCUUUGCUUAUCAAACUAAACAACAGAAGUUCCAUUGAUUUUGAUUUUCAUGAACUUCUUUCAAA